UGUUUUAAAUGUGUAAAAAACAAAAAGAGAAGUGACAACAAACUUACCAACGCCAUCUAGUGGCGCACCACGGAACUAUUGCGCGAAACUAAAUAAACAUGGUGGAGGACAGUAUCCAAUCAGGACACGUAUCCGCGGCGGCGGUGCUACAGUUCGCGGCAAGGGAAGCUAUGGAGGGACGCAGGUUGGCCGAAUUCGGCGCCCAUGCGUUUGCCGGCAUCGCAUUUAAUCCAUAUGCGACCCUGGGCGACAUGGGCGGCAGCGGCACCAGCUCGUCCUCCUCGCACAUGUCCCCGGGCUGGCCCGCCAACGACCUGGACCUGGACCUACCCGGAGAGCUGACCAUGAGCGACGCUCUGCUGUCGACGCUGCCGUCGCUGGCCGGGUUCAAGCAGGAGGCGCUGUCGCCGCCGGGCACCGUGCUGGCCAACCGCCGCUGGCCGGCCAGGAGGAGCGACGACAGGCAGAUAACCAACAUGGUGGUAGACAACCGCGACCUGGACGACGGCUGCCAGCAGACCUCGCCCCAUAACGCGAUCAUGAAUACACAUUCCAGUCCAGAGAGCAUGCAGUGCCAACCGAUGCCAGUCGUGAUGCCCAUGAAUGGCUACCACUCGCCCACAAACCAGGAGAAUAAAGGGCUGCUGAUGUGUUCGCCGGGCUCGCUGGAGAGCUUCCUGCACUCGCCCGCCGCGCGCUCCGACAACAGCUUCAAGGAUGAUACCAGAUUCCAAGACCCGCACAUGUCGUACAGGUUCCAGUACGUGCUGGCCGCCGCCACGUCCAUCGCCACCAAGCAGAGCGAGGAGACGCUCACGUACCUCAACCAGGGCCAGCCCUACGAGAUCAAGCUGAAGAAGGUCGGCGACCUCAACCACUGCAAGGACAAGAUAUUGAAGAGCAUCAUCAAAAUCUGCUUCCACGAGCGCCGCCUGCAGUACAUGGAGCGCGAACAGAUCGCUCAGUGGCACGCCGAGAGACCCGGCGAGAGGAUCAUCGAAGUGGAUGUGCCCCUCUCGUACGGGGUUACCCGUGUUGAGCAGCCGACCUGCCUCAACGCGUUGCAUAUCUACUGGGACCCCACCAAGGACGUUGGCGUGUACAUAAAGGUGAACUGUAUCUCCACGGAGUUCACGGCUAAGAAGCACGGCGGCGAGAAGGGGGUGCCCUUCCGCAUACAGGUGGAGACCUACCUCGCUAACGACGACAACCGGCUGCACGCCGCCGCCUGCCAGAUCAAGGUGUUCAAGUUGAAGGGCGCGGACCGCAAGCACAAGCAGGACCGCGAGAAGGUGAUGCGGCGCCAGAGCACCGGCCACGACAAGUACCAGCCCGGCUGCGACGCCACCGUGCUCACCACCUUGUCUAACGACGCGUUGCUACCGCCGCCAUCUUUGGUCACCGCCUCGCCGCCAUACUCGCCUGAGAUGUGUGUCAGCCCAAAGGCCAGCAUACCCAGCCCCAUACUGGUCAACAAGCCUGUGCUGCAGCCACCUGCCAUACACACUUCAAACAGCCAGAUGAAACCACUAUACUGUCAGGACGGCGGCGACGUGAAGGUGAACAGUCCGCCGUGCCACUCGCCCGGCGCCAUCUUGCCCGACCUGCCACAAGCAGCCGAGGAUCCGGACAAGAACUGUGGUCUGUCCAAGGAGGCGACCGCCUCGGAGACGCAGGCGUGGCUGACGCGGCACCGGUUCAUGCAGCACGUGCCCACCUUCACCAACUUCUCGGGCGCUGACUUGCUGAGAUUGUCCCGGGACGACAUAAUUCAGAUAUGUGGUCUGGCGGAUGGGAUCCGUCUCUUCAACGCACUGCAUGCCAAACGCAUCGAGCCGCGCCUCACAGUGUACGUGUGCCCCGCGGGCUGCGCCGUGUACAGCGCGCUGUACCUACACGCGUGCCGCGCCGCCGAGCUGCUGCACAAGCUGCGCACGCUGCUGCCGCCCGCCGCCAAGGAAUGCGACACGGUAGUGGUGUCCGGCCCGCACGGUGCGCCAGUGCGCCUGACCGACGAGCUGGUGCGCCACCUGCCGGACAACUCCACCUACCGGCUGGAGAGGAUUGAAGAUGACACCUUGCUGCUCAGUCCCACCGGCAACUGACAUUGGCUCACAUACAACUGAGACUAAUACUCGGACUUGUGAAAAAACAUGUGUAACCAUGGCAACCAGGGUUAACUGCCAUUAAUAUGUCAGAUAUGUGCACCAGGCAUGAGAAAUUCGAGUCGCGACGUUUAGUUAGCGGAGUUAAUCGAGUUAACCAUCAUUAACAGGGUUGAUGUGAGCGUAUAUAGGAAACGUUCAUGGUAACGCUCAGUUAAAUUAGUUAACAGAGUUAACCGUAAUUAAUACGGUCUACAAGCGCGUCGCACUCCAAAAACAUGAAUAUCAACGUUUAGUUAACUAAGUUGACUGAGUUAACCGUCAUUAACUUAGUAGAUGUGUGCGUUGGAUAUAGGAAACGUACUUGAUAAUGCUCAGUUAACGUAGUUAAGAGAGUUAACUGUCAUUAAUAUGGACGACAUGCGCGUCGGUCUCCAGAAACAUGAAAAGCAACGUUUAAUUAACUAAGUUGACUAAGUUAACCGUCAUUAAAAUGGCAAAAAUGAGGACGAUGUGUCAACACAACUUUAAACCAUGGUUAACCCGUCGGGCUGGUGCGCCACCUGCCGGACAACUCCGGACAACGGAGAGGAUUGAAGAUGACACUUUGCUACUCAGUCCCACUGGCAACUGACAUUGGCUCACACACAACUGAAACUAACACUCGGACAACACGUGUAACCAUGGCAACCAGGGUUAACUGCCAUUAAUGUCAGAUAUAGAUGUGCGUCAGACCUAAGAAAUAUGAAUGCUAACAUUUAGUUAGCGGAUUUAACCGUCAUUAACGUGAUGUAUGUGUGCGUUGGAUAUAGGAAACGUGCGUGGUAAUGCUCAGUUAACAGAGUUAAUUGUCAUUAAUAUGGUAGAAAUGCGCGUCGGAACACAAUAAACUAACUUAACUAAGUUAACCAGUUUAACAAUGGUUAAUGAUAUUGUAAUUACGUGCUGAGGCAGGAAGAAACACCAAAAAACAUCGUGUCAUAUGGUUUUUUAGUACACUGGCACAUUGAUGGCAAGGUAAAACUAAUGCAAGUUACUUUUAUUGAAAAACCUAUUUUAAAGCGAAACAUUAAUAGAGUUUGGAUUGAAAUCGUGAUUUGGUCCUAGAUUUAAUUCUAGCAUGUUAUAUUUAUCUGUCAUUAAAUAUCAUCAAAUCUUCAUGAAAAUGAAAUGGGGCCAAAACGGAUUGACAUUAUUUUUAUAUCACACUAAUUAAGGAGAUAUGAUUGGCAAUUUACAAGUUUAACACGUCCAUUGCUAAGCCAAAAUCUUGGAAUUACGUAUAUGGCGGAUGUUCUAUACUAUAGAUUGGCAGGGCUACCACCACGCGAUGUCGCGUUACCUGCCACAAUGUAAAAGACCGCUACACGCGACGUCGCGUGGUGUUGCAAUAAACGUGUUAAAGAAUAAAAUCUACUAGAACCAUAGGUUACUUUAAUGUUAUAAUCUAUUCAGGCAGUGUCGUGCAUUUUAUAAGAUGCAAAAUUUGCAAUACAUAUCCUAACGACUCAAGGACAUUGGUAAAAUAUGCUUACCCUUGUUAGAUACGUUGUGCACGCCACUGCGGUUCACUAUUGCCUUAUUAUAUAAAUGUGUUAUUGUUAUAUAAAACAUUGAAUGUUAUUAAUUGUAAUUACUAAAACCAACAGUCAUCUCAUUGUCAUAAAUAGUAACUAUUAUUAAUAUUUUAGUAGUUUGUAGUUAUUUCAUUUUUAGUUGUCAGUAAUUAAUGAAUUAGUAAACAAAGUUUAAUUUCCUUUUUUAAUGUUACAUUAAAAUACUUAUUAUUAAAAAUUAAAGUGAAAUAUUUUAAAAGAUAAGUUGUGAUUAUUAUUUUAUUAUUGAAGAGAUUUUUAUUAUUAACUAAUUAAGAUAUCAAUAUAAUUGCCUUUAUAAUGUAGGGACCAAUACAAAUGCAUAAAACUAAAGAUUGCAUAAAAUUUAUUACAUAUUUUCAUAUUUGUAGUAAAAACAUACCACAGUCAAUCAUUCAGUCAGUUAUCUUUUAAAUCAUAUAAUAAUUAUAUUAUUAUUGUAAUCCAAGAGUUAAUGGCCACUUCAAAACAAUAUACUCACAGUCUAUGGCAUGGAAAACAUGACCAAUAAUGACGAUGUGUUUUUAUAUAGACAAAUAGUAAUUAAUUUACAUGUUGCGCUAUAUGAAUUGGAUCAAAAUAUUUUUGUUCAUUUUAUUUUCUAUAGUAUGUAAUUGAAUGUAUUUUUUUUAUAAAGGCAGCUACACACUAAGUUAAGUUGAAGUUUUCCCAGUCUCGCGAUCAUGGGAAAAGGCAAAAAAUGUUUUUGAGUAUAGAGAAGCAUAGUUACCAUAGACAUUGUAGAGAUCCAGCCUAAGUUACAAUCAGGUAGGCUAAUCAGCCUAGUUUUUUUGUGCCAAUUAAACAAUCUACCCUCUUUGUACUUUGAAAGCUGCGUCAUGCGUGAUCUCCAAAUCUAGCAUGUGUCGAUAUUUCGUGACAUUAAAAUAUCGCUGUCUUUUUCGACGAAAUGGUACGGAAAAGAGCGAUAUGUAAGACAAACACAAACAUUUAGUGGCGCGAAUUUUGAGUCCUUUCGUAGUGGCUUGGAACAAAAAGUUCAAGCCACUACGAAGGACUCAAAAUUAAUAACUGUACCAAAAAUGUUGGGUGCCUUACAAGUGCCUAUGCAUGUUGCAUUAUGGAGUAAAGCGUUAGUUUAUUUUACAAGAGUUUUUAAUUAUGUAGUUUAAUGUUGCUUUAGUUGUAUCAUGGUAGUCGAAUAAAUGAAUCGAAAGUUA